AUGGAAUUCGAUAACGAUCCAUUCCCAUUUUUGCCCAAGUUUGACGAGCCUCAAAUCUUCGACGCCAACAUGAACGACGCAAUGGAGGAAGGGGGACUCGAGUUCCCCGAACUCCAGUUCGACUCUCCGGGCUUCUGGAACAAUACCAUUGGGGCCUCACCAGUGCCUAGCAAGACCAACUGUAGACAGGCAAUCAAGCAGCCAUUCAUGGGUCCUGCAUUUUCGCAGUCCCCAGAAUCCUCCUCUGCGUCUGAUUCCUCAAACAAUCAACACAAGCGGAACCACUCUUCCGACUCAUCUCGGUCCGGAGCGCUUGCUGGUGAUGGCGAUGUUUCGAUGAAUGGGAUCCUCAUAGGUGCAGAUAUGGGAGAUCAUGCGAGCGACAAGUCUUCGCCUGCCACAGACGUUGACCUCAGCAACCGCGCUAUGGAGUGUCACUUCGACUUCGAUAGCGCUGCAAGUAGUCCCAGCCCCUUCUCGGAUACAAAGCCCUCUUUCAAACCUUCAUCGGUCCGAUCCAUCAAGAUGCCUUACCGGUGUUCUCCAAAUGCUGGAUUUACCCAUGGAUUCGGGCCCCAUCCGGCAGUGUCAAAGAGCUCGCGUGAGACGUCUCCAUUGUCAUCCAUGAUAAAGAACCAAGGCGACUGGCCAUCGGCUGCAGGCCAUACACAGGGGUCGUCUAUGGACUUUUCCGGCCAGUAUAUAAAUGGCGCCAUGUUGAGCGAGCCUUCUCGGACGCAGGACUGGCCAUACAGCAGCGCUCCUGGGCCAGCCAGCGCUUUUAGCCCAAUCCAACCAUCUAUUUUCCAGCAGCCUGCAGUGGCUAUGCCUUUUGCCUCUCCUGCUCCUGUUUCGGGUCCUACGUACCCGCCCAUGUUGCACGUGCACCCUCUUCCACCGAAGUCGCGCGUCGAGACCCAAAUUCCUGUCAAACUGACCUUGCACCCUGUGCCGCCGGGAACAUUGAAAAUACACCUGCAGACUCAUACAAUUUCCAAAUCAAAACUAGUGGCGAAGCCGACCCCAGAGAAACUGCCUGACAUGCUGGAGUUGCAUGCUAUGCUUGUGUGUACUAGUGCCAUGCAGGAUCAGACAAAACGAGGGCGAGCAUUUGCCCGGGCUGCUACAAUUUCGUCCGAUGAAAAGAGGGAAGGUCGCCGUUCGUCCUCAGGCGAGACUACAUCCUCAGAAGAUGAUGAGGACAAACCUGCCAACGGUGGCCCAGUGCAUAUAUGCACGGGGUGCAUCGAGAGAGAACGGAAGCGGGCUGCUAGAAAGAAAACGAAAAACGUCGAGGAAGAGCAACUAUGGCAAAGGGAUGAAGCAAAAAGGACGAUCGUUUUCAAUACCCAGGAAGUCAAAGAAUGGCAGGAACCAUCGCCUUCAAAAACUGGAGAGAAUGCUCAGAAUCCUGCCACUUAUGGUCAAAAUGCAAAAAUUCCAGAAACUGCCGUGCAGGUAGAUAUCCCAAUGCGCAUUGCCUGUUACUGUCGUCAUCAGGAGGAGAAAAUUGGCUUUCAGGUCAUAUUCACUAUCAUAGAUUAUCAAAAUAAUCUGGUUGCGCAAACCAUGACAAAUUCCAUCGUAAUAACAGACGACCACAAAACACAUGGUCCACCUGGUGCGAUGCCUCCCAACAAUGGGGUCUUCCCUGACAACGCUCAAGUCCCCGGAGCAGGAGUCUUCUCGCAGGCGCCUGCUGGGAGUCAUGGCCUAGCGUCGUUUCGAAAUGCUUAUUCGACUACGGACCUACAGGGUAUGCAGCAACAUUUUAACCCACAGCAUAGAAGUCCUUUUGCCAUACCCCAGUUUCCUUCCCAAACCACUUCGGCAACUCUGACCCCUAGAAAUCUGUCACGUCAAGCAUCUCCGUCGGCACCCUCAGCACAGCACAACAAGAAGCGGAAAGCCAGCGGAUCUGGCAGGAUUCGAAACGAUCUGACGAUGACCAAGUUAAAAAAUCCAACGCCGAAUAGUCCCAUUUCGUGCGUCUCCACCACAACUCAAUCUACCCCACAAGGCUCCAAUAUAACAUCAGCUUUCAUGCCUAACUUUGCUGCUCCAAGUCACGGGCUUCCGAUGCCUCAGAUACCCCCGCAGUUUAAUACAAAUCCACCUACCCCCACCGCAACUGACGGCAGUUUCUUUUCUUCCGCUCAACGAUCUCAGAGCAUGGAGAAUCUCCAAGGCUUCUCGGGAGUAUUUUCUGCCCCGGUUUCAGUUCACCCAAGCCGGGUACCGAGCCCUACUUUCAGCCCUCUGAGUAACGGCUUAGCACAAAGUCAUGCCCAAAUGCUGGCAAAUUCCCUACAUUGUGUUCCCGGGGCUGCCAACCCCCAAAGGGCUCCAGUCAUCCAUAAGCUGACGCCUGGAGAAGCUUCCAAAUCUGGGGGUAUUGAAGUCACGUGCUUGGGAAGUGGGUUCCGCCAGGGUCUGGAAGUCAUGUUCGGUGACGCCCAAGCAACUACGACCACUUUCUGGGGUGAGAGCGCUCUCGUUUGCCUUGUACCUCCUGCUCUAGAAGCAGGUACGGUGCCAGUAACUUUCAAACAUAAUUACGAGCAAAAUAUUCCCUCUCCCUCAAACAAGCAGGCUCUCUUCAGGUAUGUCGACGAUGAUGAGCAGGAGCUCAUGAAACAUGCACUUGCCCUUAUCAACCGCAAAUGGAACGGCAAUGCAACUGAUGCUGGCAACGCUGCGAGAAACAUCAUCAACCAGUUUGGCUCAAAUUCGUCUUUCACGGGUGGUUCAAUUCAAGGGAACAAUCAACAUCGCCAUGCUGGCUCGUUCAAUGCCGCUAUGACCGGUAUUGUGGACCUAGAAGCAGCGUUGCUGAGCUGUCUGGACAUUGUGGACCUGGAUGAUAGCCCGUAUCAAGCAAGACUCAACACUCGAGGCAUAAAUGGCCAGAGUAUGUUGCAUCUUAGUGCCUCGCUCGGACACUACCGGUUGGCUGCUGGGCUCCUAGCACGAGGAGCGAAUCCAGAUCUGCGAGACUACAACGGCAUGACUCCGAUGCAUAUGGCUUGUCUCCGCGGUCAUGCGCAAAUCAUCCGUAAACUCCGUUCCGCUGGUGGCGAUCCAAAUCUGCGGAGUUUAAAUGGUUAUGUUCCAGCUGAUAUGGCGACGUCUCAACAAACUCGCGACGCAAGCAGCACCUUCGACCAUCAAGCACGGCCUAGGAGCGCUGGUGCAACCCCAGUCUCGCAUUGGAGUCGAGCGAGCAGCGUGAUGUCUUACAAGUCUUCUCGAGGAGCUCGUUCAAAGGUGGCAUCUCCGGGUGCAAUGAACGGCCCAUUUACAGACGGCGAUGAAGGCGACGAAGGCGACGAAGGCUUGGCCGAAGCCUACAUGAGUCAGCCAGCGACACCAGCUCAGAUCUGGGCCCAAACAAGACGCAAUAGUUUUGCCGCCGAGUCUCAAUAUCCGGGCGAUAUUUCUCGGGGCAACCUUGCCUCAACGACCCCCUUCCUUGCGGUGAACCCUGCGAUGUCCGCUUGGAGAGACCAACUUUCCGCCCAGAUCCAGCAGUUUCAACAAACUGUGCAAAGAACGCUUCCAACUUUGCAGCUUCCCGCGUUGCCGCCAAUUCCUAACCUCCCAGACUAUCAAGCCUAUCCUGUAGUCAGACGAAUAAGUUCCAUGGUGCCUCAGCGCAAUCCACGACCAAGCGCAGCAAACAGGAGCACUGGAGUUGCGAAAGUCACCGAUUACCACUGGUGGGAGCUAUUAACUGGGGCGGCCCCAUCACCGCCAGCGUAUGAUGAGAUAUAUCCGGAGAGCUCACAACGUGAUCUGAGCGAUAAGAAGACAUCUGCCCUCCGGGCUACUGGGGAUGUAUAUGUGGAUAGAAAAUGCGAAGAGACCUUUGAUCAAACGAAGAGCUCCUCUGCUUUCGAGACAGCCAACCUAGGAAGUACUAUUUUGACACCAGAGCAACUGAGAAGUGCACACGCGAUGAAAGUCAAAAGAUUGAGGAAAGAUCGGAAUCUGUUCUUCAUUUGGAUACCACUUCUCGUUCUUGUUCUUGUGGCGAUGCUGAAAGAUCGGGUGCCGCAGGCGCUGCACGGCGCUCGCCAAGCCCUUUACUAUGCUCAGGAUCGCCUCCAAGAACGUGUGGUUGAGAUAGCUUAG